UCACUAGGUGUCAGUGCUAUUUAAUACAUACAACAUGGCGUCUACUUGUGAACUGUCAAAAUUGGCUUAUUCAAAGAUAAUUUUGCAUGCUUUUAAAUAUCCACACACCGCAAUUAAUGGUGUAUUGCUGGCAAACGAAGGUUCUAAUAGCCAAUCCGUAAAAUAUGUAGAUGCAAUUCCUCUUUUCCACCAUAACUUGGGAUUGGCUCCGAUGUUAGAAGUGGCCUUAAUGCAGAUUGACAGUUACUGCCGUACUGCUGGAUUAGUCAUUGCUGGAUAUUAUCAUGCCAGUGAAGCAGUUGCAGAAAUGAACCCUGACCCUGUGAGCCAAAAAAUUUGUGAGAAAAUAGCUGAGUAUUUCCCCAAUGCAUGUCUAGUCCUGAUUAAUAAUCGCCAACUCUCAAUGCAAAUGACCCAAACUUCACUCAGUGUUAUUCAGUAUUCAGAUGGAAAAUGGAAAGUAAAAGACAAAGAAAACUUGAAGAUCCUUCCCAACAAUGAAGCAGCUUUGAAUUCUGUUUCAACUCUUCUUUCUAAGAAGCUUUACAAAAAGUUUGUGGACUUUGAUGAUCAUUUGGAUGAUAUACACCAAGAUUGGUUAAAUGUGUCAUUAAAAAGUAUGAUUGAUUAACAUUCCACUUAAUUCUGAGGCUGAUCUGCUUAUUUGAAUUUAUGGAAUUAUGCGUUGGAAUACACAGUUUUAGUUGCACCUCUAAAA